CUAACCCUGCCACUGACAAACAGACAGACAGACAAACAGAUGAUAGGAGAGGAGACCUCAGACCCCUCAGAGCACCUCUCACUGUCUUUCUUUGUCUAAUGUAUCUACAAACAGGGCGGCAGUGAUUAACAGACACUCCGUUUUAAUCUACCCGAGGACCCUGAAACUUCUGUCGCUGACAGACUCUCAGGAAUCAUGGUCCGUGUCGCAGCUCUGAUCACUUUUCUGGCAUGUGUGGUGCUGUCAGGGGCCCAACAUGAGCCAGGCUUCUGUGCUUUCUAUGAGGAGUGUGGUUUCAACCCCCUGGUAGAUAAUACAACUGCCCUCAUCUCUCCUAUCGUCCCCUGUCUCAACUACAGUCCAGCCCGUCACCUCACAGGAGCCCACUACCUCAAACUCAGACAGGUCUGUCCCAUGCUGGACAAUGGAGAGAAAAACACGUACGCCUGUUGCUCCAUCAAACAGCUGACAUCCCUGGAAAAUAGUCUGCGCUUGUCCAGGGUCAUACUGCUCCGCUGCCCCGCCUGCGCUGACAACUUUGCCCACCUGCACUGCAUCAACACCUGCAGCCCCAACCAGACCCAAACAGUAGAAGUUACAAAGGUCAUGAACAUCACCACCUUUCAGAACACGACGGACACCGCUGUGGUAGCUUACAAGGCGUUCAUCAGCACCACCUUCGCCGACAGCGCCUUCGGGUCCUGUAAGAACGUCAGGAUCCCGGCCACAGGGGGCUUCGCCAUCGGCACCAUGUGUGGCUCGUACGGCGCCACGCAGUGCACCCCUCAGUACUGGUAUGACUUUCAGGGAGACUCCAGUAACGGCCUUGCUCCGCUGGACAUCGACUUCAAACUGAUUAAGGAGGGAAACACCACUGGGCUACCAGAGGGUGUGGUUCCCUACAAUGGACGGGCUCUUAAAUGUAACGAGACCACACCAACCGGAGGACAGGCCUGCUCCUGCCAGGACUGCACAGAGUCAUGCCAGAUGAUACAAAUUCCCCCAACCACGAGCCCCUUCACACUGCUGGGGGAAGACGGUUACCUCGUGGUUUCUGUUAUCGUAUUCUGUCUCCUGACGUUUGCCUUCCUUCUGUACCUGUUCGUCGCAUGCUUGCUGAGGUCUCGGAGUAGAAAGGAUGAAGAGAAAGGGAGGGGAAAGGGGAAAGGCAAAGACCAGAACUGCAAUGACGUGAAUCAGCCACUCAUCGAUCCUUCAGAGGUGACGUGCACCGACAGGAACAGCCUGGUUGCUCAAGCUUUCCUGAGCUCAAAGUUUCAGUUUUGGGGAACCCUCAUGGCUACUUACCCCCUCACCGUGCUCCUGUUGUCAGCUGUAGUCGUGGCUGUUUUCUCUGCUGGCCUCAAGUCCAUCGAGCUCACCACCGACCCGGUUGAGCUGUGGUCUGCCAUCAACAGCCGCGCCCGCCUGGAGAAAGAAUUCCAUGACACAACCUUCGACCCCUUCUUCAGGACCAACCAGCUGAUCCUGACAGCGCCGGGGAGAGAAGGCCACCAGUACGAUUCUUUGCUGUUUGGACGGACAAACUUUAGCGGGAUUGUAUCCAAAGCUCUCAUUAUGCAGCUGCUGGAGCUCCAGACACGAAUACAGAACAUUGAGUUCUGGUCAGAGGAUCUGAACCGCACUGCCAGUCUGAAGGAUGUGUGUUUUGCGCCGCUGAACCCCGUCAACCCCUCCCUGACGGACUGCGCCGUCAACAGCUUGCCGCAGUACUUCCAAAACAGCAUGAACAACAUCAACGCCAAGGUGAACAUGACUGAAAAUGGAGUGACCGCAGAGGUGGACUGGAGAGACCACUUGAUCUACUGUCUCAACUCUCCCCUGUCCUUCAAGGACAUCACUGAUUUAGGUCUGAGCUGCAUGGCUGAUUACGGCGCGCCAGUCUUCCCCUUUCUGGCUGUGGGAGGCUAUGAAGGUGAGAACUUCACUGAUGCAGAGGCCCUCAUCCUCACCUUCUCCCUCAACAACUAUGCUCGCGACAACGUCAAGUUCAAAGUGGCGAUGCAAUGGGAGCAGGAGUUUCUCAACAUUGUCCAGGAGUACCAGAACAACCCCGAAACCAACUUUACCUUCGCGUACAUGGCAGAGAGGUCUCUGGAGGAUGAAAUUAAUCGGACCACAGCGGAGGAUAUCCCCAUCUUCAUGAUCAGCUAUGCUGUCAUCUUUGUCUACAUCGCAGUGGCGCUGGGGGAGUAUUCCUCAUUGAAACGCAUACUGGUGGACUCCAAGUUCCUGGUGGGUCUUGGAGGGAUCCUGGUGGUCGGCUGUUCAGUCCUGGCCUCCAUGGGCUUCUACUCCUGGAUCGGCAUCCCCUCCUCGCUGGUCAUUCUGCAGGUCGUGCCUUUCCUGGUGCUCGCUGUUGGGGCCGACAACAUCUUCAUCUUCGUUCUGGAGUACCAGAGAGAUGUGCGGAGACCCACAGAGACGAGAGAGGAGCAUAUUGGCCGUGUCCUGGGAAACGUGGCUCCCAGCAUGCUCCUGUGCAGUCUCUCUGAGUCCGUCUGCUUCUUUUUAGGGGGCCUGUCGACCAUGCCAGCAGUAAAGUCCUUUGCUCUGUACGCUGCACUGGCUGUGCUCAUGGACUUCGUCCUGCAGAUGACAGCCUUUGUGGCGCUGCUGUCCCUGGACGCCCGGCGCCAGGACAACAACCGCUGUGAACUGGUGUGCUGCCUCACGGUGAAAACCCAGCGUGCCAACAAGCCAAAUGAAGGCUUCCUGCUGCCCCUCAUGAGAAAAUACUACGCCCCUGCCCUGCUGAACUGUUACACUAGGAUCAUUGUGAUGGUCGUCUUCAUCUUCAUGUUCUGCGCAUCCUUGUUCCUCAUGUUUCAUGUGACCGUGGGCUUGGAUCAGGAGCUGGCUAUGCCAAAGGGCUCUUACAUGCUGGACUAUUUCCAGUACCUGUACAAGUACUUUGAAGUGGGAGUCCCUGUUUAUUUUGUAACAAAAAAGGGCUACAACUUCUCCACCUUGGCCGGCAUGAAUGGAGUCUGCUCCAGCGUGGGCUGUGAUGAAUACUCCCUAACCCAGAAGAUUCAGUACGCCACUGAAUUCCCUGACCGAUCCUACUUGGCUAUUCCUGCUAACUCCUGGGUGGACGAUUAUAUUGACUGGCUGAACCCUGGAUCCGGGUGUUGUCGUCUGUACUCAAGUGGUCCAAACUUUGGAAAGUUCUGUCCUGCGAGUGAAGAAGAAAACAUCUGCCGUUUCAACUGUUUGGGUAUUUUCUCAUCGAGGCCUGACGUGGCAAAGUUCAACCGCUUCCUCCCUGACUUCCUGGGUAACCGGCCUGACCUGCAGUGCCCCAAAGGUGGUCUUGGAGCCUAUGACAAAGCUGUGGUGAUGGAUAAAGAUACUGGCGAAAUCUUAGCCUCUCGGUUCAUGGCUUACCACACACCUUUAACAAACUCUCAGGAGUUCACUGCUGCACUGCUGAGGGCCAGAGAGCUGGCGCACAACAUCACCAUGGGCAUGAGGCAAAUACCAGGCACCGCUCCUGACUUUGAAGUAUUUCCUUACACGGUGACUAAUGUCUUCUACGAGCAGUACCUGACCAUCGUGUCUGAGGGAUUCUUCACCAUCUCUCAGUGUCUGGUGCCGACCUUCGUGGUGUGCUGUCUGCUGCUGGGCUUGGACCUGCGAUCUGGUUUUCUCAACCUCAUCACCAUAAUCAUGAUCACCGUGGACACCGUCGGUGUCAUGACACUGUGGGGCAUCGACUACAACGCAGUGGCCCUUAUCAAUCUGGUCACGGCGGUGGGCAUCUCGGUGGAGUUUGUGUCCCAUAUGACGAGGUCCUUUGCACUCAGCAUAAAGCCCACACGUGUGGAAAGAGCAAAGGAGGCUACGGCGAACAUGGGCAGUGCGGUGUUUGCUGGUGUUGCUAUGACCAACCUUCCAGGCAUCCUUGUGCUGGCGCUUGCCAAAGCCCAACUCAUCCAGAUCUUCUUCUUCCGACUAAACCUUGUCAUUACUCUCUUGGGGAUGGCUCACGGACUCAUAUUCUUACCUGUGCUGCUCAGCUACUUUGGUCCUGGUGUGAACAAAGCAGUGCUGCUGCAGCUCCAGCAGGAGAAAGAAAAGGCCAAGCAGGCGCUGGAGAUGAAAAACCAUCUGAAACAAGCGUAUGAGAACAUAAGCUAUGAAGACACUGAGAUAAAACAGGAGCCAGACUCGAGCUGCACAGAGCCCUCCAAACAUGUCGACAGGCCUUCAAAAAUGAAAGAAAGCGAAGUGGAGGUGAAAGUGGAGAGAAUUGACAGUUUCUGAACGCCGACGACAAACCUGCUGUCAUGAAUAAAAUACCUCUGUAACAAACUGAGCAAGAGUGGACGCAGAAAAGGACAGAUAUAGCAAGCGAAGAGUCAUGUAAUAAGCUCCGUAUGGAAAUCAUUAACUUAACUAUGUACCUCAAUCAGAAACGGACCAGUGGGACUGAAGACAGCGACACAGUUGUGCAAUAUUUCUGAGCAAAGCGUGAGCGGACGAUUGCGAUGAGAGUCGACCUCCCUGUCUCAACGACACGUCUGUCUUCAGAGCACUGCAGCUGGGCAAGAUUGGUUGUUCAUUCAGGAAUUGUUUGAUGGGACAGGAAGUCGACAAAUGUUCUUGAAUUACUCUUUUUUUUUUUUUUUUUUUUAAAUAAAUGUAAUUAUUUUGUAUGCAUGAAUGUUUCACAUUAGUGUUGGUUAGAGUGAUUUAAAGGAACAUACACUCCAGCGUUUCUUAUUUUAGUUUCUUCAACAACAGUUUGAUGUCAUUGCUGUAAAAUGUGCAAUCACUGAGAAAAUAUUAAAUGUGCUAAAACAUUUGA